UCCAAGAAUGUUCCUAACCUAAACACAGUAUCCCGGCACAUAUAGUUUAUACAUGUAGUGUUCCUGACAACGAAUUUACAGUUAAAUUUUGUAAAUUCCAUAAAAGUGUACCAAGUGAUUGAUUUAUUUUUGCAAAUUAUAAGUUAACGUACUAUUUAUAAACAAUGAAACGUAUGAUAAAUGCACAGUUAGCAAAGUUUAUUGAUUUAAGUCAAAACACAUGUGAUCCUUCUGUUGAAACAACAAACUUGUCAGAGAACAUGACAGACGAUGCUGAUCAAAAGGAUAAUGGAAAAUCACGUCAUUCAAAAAGACAUAAUCGUAAAAAGCAUCGUGAAUGUAGAAUUCUCGCUAAAUGCGAAAAGGUUAUACAGAGUAAAUUAAAUUCAAGUCAACAGAGUAGUUUGGAUGCAAUGAUUUUCAAUGAAAUGUGUGAUAAGGCCGACAUUGUUCGCGAUAAUGAAACAAAAAAGGAAUUAGCUAAAGAAGGAUGUCGAAAAGUUAAAAGAUGUCUAAAAUUACUUCGAGGAUUUGAUAAAGAUUUAAAACUUGAUAUUGCAGCUGCACAACUUGACAGAAACGAUGAAGCAAUGCCUCCUACUCCUAAUAAUAUUAAAAUUGAGACUCGAAAUAGAUUUCGAAGUCUGUGUUCGAAACCAGUUGAUGUAGAGGAGAAGUUUAAUGAAUCUCAGGACAAGGAACUUCUAAGCAUCACUGAAACCGAACCGGCUCUUCAUUCUCCUCGGACCCAAAGUCUCAAGGAGAGAGAAUUGUUUCAUGACACUUUUUCAUUUCUGAUAAAACUCGGAAGUUCGGACAAAGAACGAAACAAUUGCCAUCGUCAAAUGAGUAGAGAAGAAACGAGAUGGCAAAACGAAUUGAAAGAUUUAAUUUGGCUUGAAUUACAAGCUAAUAAAGCAGAUCGAAGUCCCAUGGCUCAAGAUGAAUUUCUUUGUAAACAACGAGAAGCUGUUGGUCCAUUACUUAGGGAAAUACUCGAAUAUCGAUAUUGUAUAGUCGAGAAUAUCAAUAAUACCUGUGGAUCAGCUUCAACAAACGAUGAGGAAUCCUGUAAAUUUUUAACUACACCCAACAAUAUCGAGUACACCGUUUGUUCUGGAUGUCUCUCUAUGUAUUGCCGAGCUUGUGUUCGAACUCAAAUCGACGCUUUGAAACAAGUUGAAGUAUUACUUGCGCGACUUGAGGCUGCGGAAACACUUUUUCCAUCGUCGCAAGCUUUUGCAAGUCAAUAUCCACUCAGUAAAAGUCUCGAAUUUACUGGCAGAGUAAAAGCCAUGUGUCUCUGGUACAAUAUGACUCGUCAACAUCGACUCAAAUUAUUAAUAUUGGGAAAAUUAUUGAUGUUGUUACACACGAAAAAGAAACAUGACGAUAAUACUGACAGCGGUUUCGGAUCGCACAAUACGAAUAGUGAUCAUUCGAUGGAGCAACGUCCAUCAUUGGUUCGAUUUGAAGUGCCUGCUACUGAUGAUAAUACGAGUCCAUCUGAUAGUAACAAUAGUAAUACAUCACAUUCGUCUUCCAUCAGUGGUGUCUCGUUUGGAAGGACAUAUUCUUCUUCAUCAGAAUCCGCUUUUAGUUACACGGAAGAUGAAAAAUUAGAGAGACUUGAUUUUUACUUAAUGGAGUUUGAUCGUCAAGCUUACAGGAAAUAUAUAGAGGAUGUUUUAAAAACAAGGGGAUUGAGGAAAAGUUUAAAUUUUUUGGAAAGACUGCACACAACACUUCUUCGAAAAGCAAGACUGUCUUUAGAAAAACAUCAAGAAGACUACGAUAGUAGUGGAACUGAAGAAUAUGAAGGCGAUGAUGAAUUAAGACGUUUUGGAGCUUGGAGUCCAGAAGCUAUGGAAUUAAAUUUACCUUCUUACAGAGCAGCUUUUUUAUUUUUAUCACGCGUCCCAUUGGAUGUUAUUCAUGAGUUUAUGAGAAUGAGACUGGAACAAAAACCAGAACAACCAAGUCCAUUAUCAGUUCGUCAAUUGAUGCGAGAACUUCGCGAGGGUCUUAGAAUUGCAUGUCUUCAUCGAGAUCGAUUUGCAAGACAUUCUCUCGUAGCUAUGACUUGUGAUAAAAAAGAAAGAGAUGCAUCUUUUCAACAAGAAUUAAAUGAAUUUGAUGCCAGUUUAAAAGCAUUUUUUGAAGUUUAUCUCGAUUAUUUGAAACAAUGGGUCGAAAUGGUGAAUCAUGAUAGUUUUCAUAAAAACCUAAUCAUGGAGGAAUGGAAUUUUGUUAAAUCAAUCGCUCCUGAUAUUGUUGAUGGUUAUUACAUUGCUGGAAAAAAGUUUUGUGAAAUUGUUCAAAUGAUGAUAAGACAAGUGGUACAAUUUCUAACUGAGAAACCUGAAGAACUGAAUGAAAUCGAAUUGUCUAAGGAAGAUGAGGAAUGGUCGACAAGAUUUCAUUGGAUGUCAGUUGGUCGUGAAUGGCAGGGAAUGUUCGUGAAGGCUCGUGAUAAUGUCGUAAAAACUGUCAAUCUCGCCAAAUGUGUAAGACGUGAAAUUGAAAAUUGGCCGGAAUUUAAUGAUGAUUUAAAAUCAUGCAUCGUUUCACUAAAGGAAGCUGUCUUAGAUUUAAGAGGACAAAUAGUUUUGGUGAUUCAAGAGUUUCAAAAUAAAAUCGAUAAAGUAAAAGAACCAAUAGAAGUUAUUGAGGUUGAUUCUUUGGCAUUUCGAACGAGAGUCAGAGAAAUUUUACAUCAAGCAUAUCGAAUGGGAUUUGAAUAUCAUAAAGAACUUUGCCGUUUAUUUUUAUCGGAAGAAAGAGAACUUCUUGUUCGUGAUUUGGUUGAUUUUGCCUUUUUGUGGAUGAAUUUUGUGAGAAAUCGAUGUGAACGUGGGCGAGGUUUACGACCAAGAUGGGCAAAUCAGGGUUUGGAUUAUUUAAUGACUGUUUGUGAACCACUAAAUACGAGACAUCUGACUGACGAUGAAUUCGAAGAAUUAAAAUCGUGUAUGGAUCGAUGCAUUUCUCACGUUAUUGGCAGUGCUUCCUCACCGGGAAUUAAUUCAGAAGGCGAAGUUAUGAAAAAAUUAUCACAUUCGCGUGCAUCAUCGCCCUCACAGGGACGAAAUCGGACAUCGAGUUUCAAUCAAAAAACUCGAGAUUAUUUGAAAUCUCCGGAAAUUUUUGGCUUAAUGAAGAAAUCGUCAUCGCAAACUGCCGUUGAUGGAAGCCCGACGACUUCCGAGAAUACGUUUACAAGACAAGAAAGGGUUCUACAAGCUGUGCAUAAAUUGGAGGUUCUCAUAAAUGAGAAAUUGAAAAGUCACGAGCUAAUUGGACAAAUUACUGACAGGAAAAGUGUUGACAAAAUUCACAUUAAAGCUAAACGUGUCACUUUCACUUGGCAAAGAGGAAUUAAAAUAGGACAGGGGCGUUUUGGAAAAGUUUAUACUGUUGUUAACAAUCAAACAGGAGAGCUUUUAGCCAUGAAAGAAGUUCAACUUCAACCUGGUGAUCACAGAGCUAUUAAAAGGAUUGUAGAAGAGCUUCAAAUUUUCGAAGGGAUUCAACAUCAACAUUUGGUGCGUUAUUAUGGUUUGGAGAUUCACAGGGAGGAAAUGUUGAUAUUCAUGGAAUUUUGCGCGGAAGGCACCCUCGAAAGUUUGGUUGCUGGAAGUGAAAUUGGAUUACCUGAAACAUUAGUCCGAAAAUAUACAAAUCAGAUGCUUCUUGCGGUUGCUGUACUUCAUGCCCAUGGAAUAGUUCACCGAGAUAUUAAAACUGCCAACAUAUUUUUAACAAAUGAAGGAAAUUGCCUGAAAUUGGGAGAUUUUGGUUGCGCAGUUCAAAUUAAGGCACACACGACAAUGCCAGGUGAAUUGCAAGGUUUCGUUGGUACUCAAGCCUAUAUGGCACCGGAAAUUUUCAUGAAAAACGAAAGCAGUGGACAUGGCAGAGCAGCGGAUAUUUGGUCCGUUGGAUGCUGCGUUGUUGAAAUGUCCAGUGGCCGAAGACCUUGGUCAGAAUUCGAUUCCAAUUAUCAAAUAAUGUUCAAGGUUGGUAUGGGAGAAUCUCCUGCGCCGCCAAAAAAUCUUUCUCAGGAAGGAAUUGACUUUAUUCAAAAAUGUUUACAACAUGAUUCGAGAAAACGACCAACUGCCAAUUCUCUUCUUUCUCACAGCUUCGCACGCGCCUAUGAUGACGUGAAUGCUGAUUUAUCGUCUCGAUUGUGAAAAAAAACAACAAAAUACUUCGUUAAUUGUGAUUACUCCCUUAAUAUGCAAUCUCAAAAUCAAAUUUGCCUUUAAUUUUGAAAAUCUGCGAACGAGCAAGUUUUUGCAUCGAACAUAUUUUUCAAAAAAAAAAAUCUUGCUCCAUCAGACAGUUGAAUAUUUUUCUCAGUAUCUUCGAAAAACUGUCACUUCUCUUCUAUAUAAUUGUAAAUAUAGUACUUACUUCGCAAACUCCAUACUCAAUGGAAAUAAUGGCUAGUGAUAGGCAAUUUGAUAAAAUUAAGAUCAACCUCUAUGAGGUAAUGAAAAUAAUUGUCGUAUAAUGUUUAUUGUUUAAAGUUUUAAGAAAUUUUAGUUUUAAAUGCCGAUCAAACAUAGAAAUUGGGUUCAUUCGCUAUAAUACAGUUAUUUAAAAAAUUCGUAAACUUUGGUAUGGAAUAGUUUUCCUCAAAUUAAUCUAUUGGUGAACAUUUUUACAGAAAAUGUCACAUUUUAGGGCGUAUUAUUAAAUUCAAAAUUAAUUAAAACAUUAAUUAAACAAUUAAAAACAAUGAAAGAUGAAAUAGUAAAAAAUAUCAGUUUUUCAAAAUUUAAAAAUAUUGGAAUUUGCGAAACUUUUAAAUCAAUUCUAAAAAAAGCCAAAGUUUCAGAAUUUAAAAAAUAGAUUGCAACCGAUUUCGUUGAGUUUCUUGGAUUGAUCCAAAUACAAAAAUAGAAAAUAGAAAGAUAAAUAAAUAAAAUAUGGAAUAUGUGACGUUAUAAAAAUUAAAAUAGAAAGUCAAAAAAUAUGAAUAUAGAUGUAAGAUAUGAAAAAAAUAUAGAUAUUUUAAGAAAAUAAAUAUAGGAAUAUAAAAAGUAUAGGAUAUAAAAUAUAAAAAUAGGAAUAUAUAAAAAAAAAUUGAUUCUUCGUAAUAAAGUCGAACGAAUAAUGUACUCAUGACUAUUUUGAAUAAAAAUGACAACUCGAAUAGAUGUUGUAACAGAAUUUAUUUCUGCACAACGAAACAUACAUUUAGCUUAUUAUAAGUUAAAUUUCUUACGAAGGUACGUUGUACGUGUACUUUGUAUGCUUUCCGUAGAAAUAGAAAGUCAAGUUUGCUUCAUUAAUUUACACUAGGCAACGUUUACAUACACGCGAAGCGAUUUUAUAUGCGAGGCAGUAGAAAUUUUUCUUUUUUGUAAAUAUUUUUUUAUUGCAUCUUCAUCAUAUUUUUCAUAUGCUUUUGUUUUGUUAUAUAAUAUUAAAUUUUUUUUUUUGAAUCCACCUCGCGUAUUAAAGUGCUCUAUUUAUAAAUGAAUUUUGUCUAGAAGAAGCGACUUACACUCAUAAAACAUUUUUCACGCAUGCAUUCUAUCACUUAAUAUUACGAUUACUUUCAAUAUGUUUUUUGGGGGCUUUCGCCUGAUAUGUUUUUUUUAUUCCUGGCCGCAAAAAAAGUGCGAUCACAAAUCUCGCGAUAUGUUAAAAUCGACACUCUCUAUAUUAUUUUCUAUAUUCUUAAAACUAAUAUACAAUAGGUAUUUUGUUUGCGUUUAAGAAUUAAGCGUGAAAAAUUUUCUUUUUAGAAACGUAAUAAGAAAUUUUUUUUUUUUUUUUAGAAACUUUCUCUAGAAGCUCAAAUUGUAGAUGAUUUUGACGAUUUGAAAAUAUUUUUUUUUUGUGUAUAAAAAAAUUAUUUUUACUGGUGUUAGUAUGUAGUUUGCAAAUUUUCCCGUCUUGUGCUUUUAUUUCUAUAUAAUUUUUCACGCUCAUUUUUUCCGAGAUAUAUCUGUACACAUAUUCUUUAAUUAAAUAUUUCUCUUUCUCUGUUUUUUUUUUUAUAACAAGAACGAAGAGGCACAUCCUGCGUAUAUUUUCUAAAUAAUUUUUCAGUACGAAAAACGUGCGAUAUAUAUGUGUAUUUAUAAUAAUCAUCUGAAAAAAUGUCUAAAUCAAACUUAACAGAGGAGAAAAUGUUUCGUAAAAUAUUAAUAUUUCUAUCACUAUUUUCUCCAGUCUAAAUUGAGGGCAAGUUAUAGGUAGCGAUAUAAUAACGUUUAUUCGUUAAUUUGAAAUAAAUAUACUUAAUCCUUUUCAGGAUAACAGGAUGUAAUUCUAGGUUUCUAAUAUCUAUGAUUUGAGUUUUUUUUGGUACGAUCAGUGAUCUCUUGCUAUUAGGAGUGAAAUUACAUUUUGUGUGUGUUUUCGUCUAAUGUUUAGAUUGUAAAACAUUUUUAAUUUUUCUCGGCUUUUUAACAUUUUUGUCAUUUGUGUUUAUGUAUUUAAUUAAUAAUUUACAUUUAAUUUUAUGAUUUAAUUAAUUAUAUGUGUGGAUAUAAUUAAAUGUAUGUUUAAUAAAUUGUAAUUUUUUAGGUAAUAUGAUAAUCGUCGAAUUCGAGAAAAUACGUGUCUUUUAAUAGAGAAAAAGGAAAAUUAUUGCCAAGUUAUUUUUCCAGGAUUUUGUUACUUCACUCCAAAUGACGGUGAGAAUAUAUUUUUUUAUUUUCUAAAAAUUAUAUAGUUUAUGGAGGGAUAGCGCGAUAGAUAGAUAGAUUGAUAGCUAUCGUCGACGACUUUUAGACAUGAAAGAAAGUCUGUCGUCGACCUACCUAAGAAUUGGACAAGAGUUACUGUGCGGGCGCCAAGUCGAGCAACUGGCCACUUUUUUUUGCGAUACACAAAAUCAUUGGAGAUUCUCCCUUAGCGAGGAAAUUAAUUUAUUUUUCAUUUCUUUACAGUCGAAAUUUUAUUUUCGGAAAGUUAUAUUCUUUUAUUAAAUUUUGUUGUAAAAAUGAAAAAAAAA